ACCACACAAACCGAAAACCCCUGCCCCUCCAUUUUUAGCACACUUUGGCUUAAAUCUACCCUCUGCACCCUCCUUCCUCCCUGCCACCCCAAACAACCGUGUCUUUCUACCUCCUCCGUCCUUCCCUGGCGCCGCCUAUGGACGCGGCAUCACUGGAGGAGGAGAAGAUGGCGGCGGCGGCGGCAGCAGCAGACAAUCUUGAUGAGGAGGCGGAGCAGGGGGGAGAGGGGGAGGAGGAAGCCAUGCCGGUGGUGCUGAAGAAGGGGCCUUGGACGGCGGCCGAAGACGCCCUGCUGGUGAACCACGUGCGGCAGCACGGCGAGGGCAACUGGAACGCCGUGCAGCGCAUCACCGGUCUCCUGCGCUGCGGCAAGAGCUGCCGCCUGCGCUGGACCAACCACCUCCGCCCCAACCUCAAGAAGGGCGCCUUCUCGCCGGACGAGGAGCUCCUCAUCGCGCAGCUCCACGCCCAGCUCGGCAACAAGUGGGCCCGCAUGGCCACCCAUCUGCCGGGGAGGACGGACAACGAGAUCAAGAACUACUGGAACACGAGGGCCAAGCGGAGGCAGCGCGCCGGUCUGCCCAUGUACCCGCCGGAGGUGCAGUUCCAGCUCGCGAUCACCAAGCGCUGCCGGUACGACGACUUCACGCCCCCGCAGCAAUCAGCGGGCGGCAAUGUCCUGGACGCCACCGAUGCAAGGUACACCAGCGCCCGCCCUCCGCCGCUCGACCUCGCCGGGCAGCUCGCUAUGGCCAACCGGCCGGUGCAGUUCCUCGCCCAGACGCCCUUCUCCGCGCCGUCUUCCCCGUGGGUGAAGCCGUCGUUCGCACGCAACGCGCGCUACUUCCAGUUUCCGCAUUCUUCGCCCGUGUCUCCGACGACGCCGGUGCACCCGGUCACGCCGGAGCUGUCGUUGGGCCACGGCCAGCACGGCGGGGAGCGGAGCCGGUUCACCCCUCUCUCGCCGUCCCCGGGGGCCAAGGCGGAGCUCCCUUCAGGCCAACUGCUCCCGGCGUCGCCAGCCGCAGCCACGCCCACCAGCGGCGAAGAUCAGCAGAACCUCGAGGCGAUGCUGCAGGAGCUGCAUGAUGCCAUCAAGAUCGAGCCGCCGAAGCACGUGAGCGACCACGCCGAGCAGGACGGCGGCAGUGGUGGCAACAAACCGGAGGGAGAGCUCAAAGAUGAUGACAUUGGCACGCUGCUGGACAUGAUUAUACCAGCGACCUUCCCGAUGACGGAGCCCGCACCACCAGGCGUCGCGCCCGACAACUCUGGCGGCUCGAUCUCGCAGAAUGGCAGCAACGACCAUGACCACCACAACGUCGACCUCAGUGUUGAUCAUAUUCCGAUCAUCUCAUCAGAGCAGGACUGGGUACUCGACGGGGCCUGCCAGUGGAACAACAUGUCCGGAAUCUGCUGACAAGAUCGAUCUACCGCACAUCUUAAUCAGGACUCGAUGUGUUUUAUGUAUGGUGAUCUUGACAAGCAAAACCAUUAUGAGGGGUUUGUUUUGAUGCAACCUUUUUGGAUGUCUUUAUGUACCUUUCUUUCUUUUGAUCGAAAUGGAGGUUUCAACCAUGUGCCUCUUCGGGCGAGACAUACAACUUCUUUUUAUUAAAGAGUUUUAAUAAUCACCCCAAAAGUCAAAUCCACAAGAUGUUUACGUGGGAUCAUGGACCAAGA